AUCUACGGUGGAUCUGCCGUGCUAGUCACGUGUCGACACGGCGACAUUCAUUCUCCAAUGUGACUUUUCGCCUUUCGGAAUGUGAUAUAAAAUCAUAGCCGAAGCUGUUCAUUCAAUGAAGAGGAAGAAAGGUCGUAAAGGUUGGAUGCUUUUAAAGCUUGAUCUUGAGAAAGCAUAUGACAGAAUUAGAUGGGAUUUCCUGGAAGAUACUCUCAUAGCUGCGGGUUUAUCAGGAUUGUGGGUUCCAUGGAUUAUGCAAUGCGUAACAGGACCGUCUAUGAGUUUACUUUGGAAUGGUGAGAGAACAGAGUCUUUUAAACCGCUGCGAGGUCUUAGACAAGGUGACCCUCUAUCACCAUAUCUUUUUGUUCUUUGCAUGGAAAGGUUAUGUCACUUGAUUGAGAAUGCUGUUGCGGACAAGAGGUGGAAACCGAUCAGCCUGUCUCAAAGAGGACCUAAGUUAUCGCAUAUGUGUUUUGCGGAUGAUCUUAUUCUAUUUGCGGAAGCAUCGGUGGCGCAAAUCAGGGUAAUCCGAAGAGUUCUAGAGUCUUUUUGCACAGCUUCUGGCCAAAAAGUGAGUCUAGAGAAAUCAAAAAUCUUUUUCUCAGGUAAUGUCUCUCGAGAUCUGGGGAAAUUGAUUAGUGACGAGAGUGGGAUCGCCUCCACAAGAGAACUGGGGAGAUAUCUGGGUAUGCCAAUCCUUCAAAAACGGAUAAACAAGGAUACUUAUGGAGAGAUAUUGGAAAAGAUGGCUUCUAGACUGUCGGGCUGGAGAGAAAAAACGCUGAGUUUUGCAGGGAGGUUGACACUCACGAGAUCAGUCUUAACAGCCAUUCCGGUUAGUCUGUGGAGUAGAGUACUGCGAAGUAAGUACAGAAUUGGUGAAAUUCAUGAUACACGGUGGCUUGCUGCAAAGAGUAGUUGGUCAUCAACUUGGAGGAGUAUUUGUGUUGGUGUCCGAGAGGUGGUUAUGAGGGGCUUGAGCUGGGUAAUGGGUGAUGGGAGACAGAUCAGAUUUUGGGUGGAUUCAUGGUUAUCAGGUAAGCCUCUCUUGGAUUUGGAAUCAGGCUCUACCCCAGCAAAUUAUGAGUCUGUGACGGCACGAGAAUUAUGGCAUGACGGGAGGGGCUGGGAUCUUGCUAGAAUCAGCCCGUAUAUCUCCGACUCUCGAAGACUUGAGUUGGCAGCCACAGUUUUGGAUAACGUUACAGGGGCGUUGGAUAGAAUCUCGUGGAGGGAGAGCCAAGAUGGAAAUUUCACAGUAACUUCGGCUUAUGAGAUGCUUACCCGGGAUGAGUCUCCGCGCCAGAAUAUGGAGAGCUUUUUUAAGCAGAUUUGGAAGAAAGAUAUAGACGGCAUUUGUGUGAUUCGGAGGUAUGUCCAGUAUGCAAAGGAGGGGUUGAGACCAUUUUGCACGUGCUUAGAGAUUGCCCGAGUAUUGCAGGGAUAUGGAUAAGAAUCGUACCAAGGAGGAAGCAACAUGAAUUUUUCUCUAAGUCUUUAUUUGAAUGGCUUUAUGGAAAUCUUAAUGAUGAUGGACAGGUGGAGGGGAUUCCAUGGGCAACAAUGUUUG